CCCACUGAGUCUGGCGGGGUGCCGAGGAGAGGCAGCAGGCAGCGGUAGCAGAGAUGGGCUCACACCUUUGAAUCACAAAUCAGCACCCCCACCCCUACCCCAGUCAAGCAUCUCGGGAGACACUGGAAGACCAAUUUUUGGAGGGGGUUUUGCUGGUGUUCCUCAUUAAGACCGGUAGACUACAGCUACCAAGAAGCAGGAGCGGCAAGGUUUAUAGUUGCAUUGUGACGUUCAGCACUCCUGUCGUCUCACCUGCACUGCCGGUGAAGAGGUCCGCUGUGAUAAAGAUGCAUCCAGAUAAGUACCUACCUGAGCUGGUGUCCGAGAAAAACAGCCUGGACCCCUCCUUUGUGCAUGCGGUGCGCCUGCUUGCAGAAGAGAUUGAAAAGUACGAAGGUGAUGAAUUAAGAAAAGAUGGUGACACCAAGAAAUACCUAGACAUUAUCAGCAAUAAAAACAUCAAGCUCUCCGAAAGAGUUCUCAUUCCAGUCCAACAGUACCCAAAGUUUAAUUUUGUAGGGAAGCUGCUGGGACCACGGGGAAAUUCUAUGAAACGAUUACAAGAGGAGACAGGAGUGAAGAUGUCCAUCCUUGGCAAAGGGUCCAUGAGAGAUAAAGACAAGGAAGAAGAAUUAAGGAAAAGCGGGGAGGCCAAAUACGCCCAUCUGAGUAACGAUCUGCACGUUUUAAUUGAGGUCUUUGCUCCACCUGGAGAGGCCUAUUCCCGCAUGAGUCACGCCUUGGAGGAGAUAAAGAAAUUCCUAGUACCAGAUUACAAUGACGAGAUCAGACAGGAACAACUCCGAGAGUUAUCCCUGUUGAACGGCUCUGACGAGUCAAGCAGAGGGAGGAGUGUUCAAGGGAGGUGUCUACGACCAACAACCGCAAUAACCACAAGGGGCCACAGAGGCGCGGGAAGGAGCGCGGCAACACCUCGGGGGACAGCGACAGCAGCACACAGCAAACUUCCCACGACAGUUUUGACGAGGGAGGUACAAGUCCCGAGAGCCAGAGGGGCAGCAGCAGCAAGUGUCGGAUACAGGCCCCCGCUGUUAGCAGUCACACAUGAAUCAUAUGACGACUACGCCUACGACGAUGGAUACGGUGGAGAGUAUGAUGAUGAGAGUUAUGAAGCCUAUGAAGAUAACUACAGCAAUCAGUCAAAGAGCAUUUCAGACUAUUAUGAAUAUGGGCAGGGAACCAGUGAUGAAUCCUACAACAACUAUGAGGAGGAGUGGGGAACUACCCGAGCCAGUCUCAAAGCCCCUGUUUUACGGCUGACGCGAGGAGGCUACAGAAAACAUCCUUAUGGCAGAUACUAAAGGUGGUCCAGACCUCCAAUUCUCAGCUAUUUAUAUCUAUUUUUUAAAUCCAUUAUAAAUGUUGUAACAGUUAUUUUAUUUUUGGCCCAUCUCCUUCAGAAAGUAAAAAGAAAAUCCCAACCCCCACCCCCAUAAAGCACAUAAAGCCACAAUUAUUGCAGUAUACUGAUGUUUGAGCCUUUUUUUAACAAAAGAGACACUUAACAGUUCUCAUCCAUAUGCAGGAAGGUUGUUCUUGGCUGUUUAAAUGCCCUUCAUUCCACCUCCCUCUGCCCUAAAACAUUAAUCUGCAGAUUUAUUCUUGUCGGAUUUGCGUGACUAGUUGGUUUCCAUUUAGUGUCUUUAAUGUAGUGAUUACUAAGGUUUAAUAGCCAACCCCUGUUCACUGUGUUAAAGCAGGCAAUCAUAGAGCCAUAAUUUGACUUAGAGAGACUAUCAAAACUCUGCUGCGUCUCUCUACUUGCUUUAAUUGCUAAGGAGACUUCGGUGCCCCACAUAACAGAGGCAUUUUCGUGGUGUUGCGAAACAUCCAGUGAUGCCAUGUCCGUUUUUAUCCACCGUGACCCGCUUCUAGACGUGGAAAACAAGCAAAACUUUUUCUCAUUUUAGUUGUGCCUGUUCUUCAAAUACGAGUUUGUCUAGGGGGAAAUUACUUUUGCCCUUUUAUGCGAGUAUUUUUUUUUUUAAGUUAUUCAAACCCUAUUGGCACUUUUUUCCUAAUUUGGAAAACGGCCCACAAAAUCCAGCUUAGCUCUUUGUCAGUGAGCCAAAAUGACUUUACAGGCAGGAUGAGUCUUUAACCAGCCACAGCUACGGAGAAAAUGUGUUCACUUUAAAUUUGAAAAAGUCUUUUUUUAGAAACGCCAACCUUUCUCCAGAGUUCACUGA